GCCCGACAUUGUUUUUUCCAUCGAUUUCCCUUCAAUUCGACGUCACGAUUUUCGUCGACGCAAACAGUUUGACAGUUCUCUUCAGUUUGUCUUGUUUGGACUUGAAUGCAACCGAAUCGAACCAGUUAUUGUUGAUGUUGGGCUUCGGAAGGAUUUUGACCGAUAUUCAGAAUUCUGUCUUCGUGGCGGUGGAGGAGGAGGACGAGACGCAUGAAUCCGGCGGGCCAGGUCUUCGUGGCGGAAGACAGGACCGGGAGGAACCGAGCUUAUGGAGGAUAUGGUUCAUUCCAAAGGAGGAGGAGGAUGAAUCACCGAAUGUCAAAAGUUCUACCCAAGGUAACCAAACAUAUUCCAAUCUGAUCCUGCUAACAACCCAGCGUCUCCGUGUUGUUCCACGCAGCUUGUUGAACGGAAGCUGUAACGACCGCAAAACACCUGCUCCAGAAGUUCGUAAACCGACGUUGUCCCGUACUCCGGUGGCCAUCAAUCCAUGGGACAUAAACGGUGGCGCCGCACCCCGCCGUAUCUGCGGCUAG